AUGGCCUUGCUGCUUACCGCAAGUUCUUUCUACUCUUUUAGCACAACCGUUCAAGCUAUCACAGGCACAGCGCUCCUUAUCCUCAAGCUGCAGCUCCCUUCUGCUCCUUUUGUCCACCUCCCACUCUUGUCGCCUCCUCCUGCUCCUCUGCCCCUCCUGUUGUCUCUGCCCGUGCUGUUUCCUCUGUUCCUGGUCCCAACAACGCCCGCAACAGGGAGCGGCGCGCAGCAGCAAAGGAAAAGAAAAGACAGGGCAAGCGCAAGCAACGCCAUCAAGGUCUGGCAAAAAAUGGAUCCUUCUAGCAAGUUUCUGCAUCUCCACAAAACCAUGAAGAGCUGCCAAGCCAUUGGGACCCUUGCUAAAGAGCUGGAAGAUGGUUUUAUGGAUGUCAAUGCCAUCAUAUCAGAGCAUGAUGUGCCCGCUACCUGCUUGUACCUUGCAGCAGAGCUCUCUGUGGAGGAAGCAAGCCGACGCUCACCCCUCGAGCUGCCGCCGCCGGAUCCACUUCCCGCCUACCGAUGCUCACCCCUUGAGCUGCCGCCGCUCCUUCUGCCGCCCUCGCUGCUCGCCCUCGCCCCCGCACCUCCGCUCCUGCCGCCGCUCCUUCAGACAAGGGGAAAGGUUGCGCUCACAGCCCCUCUCCUCACUCAGCACUAUCUUCACCUCCUGCUCCCACUGUCCCAAAGAAGAGCAAAGGGAAAGGGAAAGCUGCCACCGUCAAGGAUGCAGGAGAACCUUCUGCUCGUGGCCGCGGCUGUGGUCGUGGCGCUAGGCAAGGCGGCACUCAACGAGGCGGCAGUCGUUGCGCCCCAAGAGCAGGCAAGACUGCGUCCACCCGCAAGCAGAAGAUCACUGCAAGUGACAGAGGCUUUGAGGCUCUCCUCGCCCCCUCCAAAGGACACGCCAACUGGUCCCAAGGCGCAGUCAAGCAACUCUGGCAACACGGGUGACAAGCCUGAUCCCGCCCAAGGGCAAACUCCUGCUACCAACGGAGCAAAUGCUGGCAAGAAGAAUGCCAGCGCCUGGCAGCUCAUCUUCGAGUGCCACGCACAUGAAGCAAAGUGCGCAUGCAAGGUCUUGACCACGCGCCAGUGGCAAAGGUCAGAUCUGAUGAUAUUGGCGGCCAAGGAGACGCGCCUCUUGCCGCUGAGUGCACGAUUCAUCCUAUGGGCACAUUUAGACAUCCCAGCAAGGACGUUGUUGCUCAUCCUCUUGAAGUUGCCAACGGGUGCGUCGAGGUCCAUGUCAGCGUGA